AUGGAUUGCAACGAUUCGGUUUUUUCCGAUCAAAUUUUAGCCCAUCUGGUUCUCUCGCAGAUUCGGCCCGAGUCUUGGCUGAAGGCAACAAAUGAGAAUCUCCCUCCAAAUGUGAUAAAACAGCUGGUAAAGGAGCUGAAGAAUCUUGAUGAAACCCCUCCAGAGGGAAUCAAAGUUGGAGUGAACGAUGAUAAUUUUUCAGUUAUAUAUGCUGAUAUUGAAGGCCCAGCUGGAACGCCAUACGAAAAUGGGGUUUUCCGAAUGAAGUUGAUAUUAUCUCACGAUUUUCCACAUUCUCCACCCAAAGGUUUGUGA